GCAGUAUCUGGUUGAUCUGGUUCGAUCUGUUGGUACGUGGAAACGGUGGUGUUUCCCAUCACACAAAGUUAGAAUGAAUUAGAAUUCCGAGGGGGUUUCUUACGUGAAAAUAAAAACUUUACUUUUAUUGAUUUUAAUAAAGAAUCCAAAGCGUGAAACGUGAAAAACGUAAAAAAAUAAUUUCACAAAUGGAAGAGAAAAACUCGGAUUCAACGAUAAAACAUUUAAUACAACACGUAAAGAGUAUUGCAUUGAAGGAUAUGGGAGUUUAUGAGUCGCCUGAAACGUUGCCUACUGGCUUAUUUUCCAGAAAACAUAUUCCUGAUAUUGUGGAUUCUAAUUUACCUGAAGUGAUGGCUAGUCUACAAAUGCUGAAUGUUACUUCCAAUGUAUCUUCACCAUCAAGCAAUAAGCGUGUACUUAGGAGAAGACUACCAAGACCUGUUGCUGCCGAGAUACUUAAUAGAAGAUGCAGCUUAAAGCCAAAGAAAAGGAGAAGCUCUGAAAUAGAAAGUGAGGAUGAUAUUCGUGAAUAUUACUUAGAUAAAAGCAUCAAGAAAAAGCCCAAUUGUCUUGAAACAAUUUUUGAGGAGAAUGAGGACACAAAUGAGAAUACUCAUUUCAUGAGUGCCAAGAGGUUCAAAAGAAUGAUACAGUUCCAGCAAGAACCAACCGACUCCAAGUUGAAAAAGCGUCGUGCAAAAGUAAAGAAAGUUUUUGGUUCAAAGGCUGCUUAUAAGCAUAAAUAUAGACGUCACACGAUGCAAACCUUACUUGACAAACUGAAUGGCAUUCGUUCCGAAUCUCCUGUUAAUGUCAACACUGACAUAAAGUGAAUAAUCAUAUAACAAAAACUUGUACAAAUAUGUAUAUAAUACGCGAAGAGGUUAUCCUAGAAAAAGAUUAUGUCUGGUAUCAGGACAUAUAAUUUUUCUUCAUCCUCUUAUUUUCUUGCAUGUAACGUUUCUAACUGGUAUCGAAGUUAUAGGAUAAGUGAUACUGCAACUGAGAAAAGCAAGGAUAAACAGAUCUCUGAUACAACAUUAUGAUAUACUUGUAAUAGCAUUUGAAUUAUUAACACAAGAUUUAAUCAAGUGAAUUUGAGACUGAGGAUAGGCGGUAGCUGGAUUUCGUCGCUGGAUAAUUAUUGACAUGCUGGAAUGAUAACAUGUCACUGAUAUUAUCUUUUUAUUGGUCAAAUUAAAUUUAUCCACAGCAUUCUCUAAAUGAAA